UUCAUUCUCUCUAGCUGCAGAUCAUCUUCAUUCUAGUUCAAGAUGAAGCAAUAUUUCUCAUUUCUCCUUCUCCUACUACUCUUUUCAACUUUUAUUUCAUCAAUUUUAUCAUUAUCUAUUCACAAUAUCCAACAAAAUGAGCCUGCAACUACAACUCAGACAACUGUUAGUUUCAACAAUUACAGUCUGGUGAUUCAGUUUCCCAAGUCCUUGUGUGAUAACCCGAAGUAUGGAAGAAAAUGUGAUGGCCUAUGGAAACUUGAGCUACCAAACAAGUUUACAGUACAUGGUUUGUGGCCAAACUUUGGAAGCAAUCGCGAGCCGGCUGGUCCAGGGGUGAAACUCGAUGUACAUCAGUUGAUCACCAAAGAUAAAAUACUGGCAAAUAAUCUCUACAACAGCUGGCCAGAUGUGUACUUUGAUUCCAAAGGUAAGGGUGGUACUGUAAAGCAAAAUUUGAAGCAACAAGCAGCGUGGGAAUUUUGGGGCCGAGAAUGGAAAAAGCAUGGUGAUUUGUCCGGGCUAUCUCCCGAAGACUACUUCAGAACAACAUACAGUCUUUAUGAUGAUCUCGAAAACAUUUAUGAGGAUUUUAAAACAAAUGGAUUAAUCAAUAUGCAAGGAAGAAUCAACGUUAAUCUUGCAUCGCAGAGGCUAGAAAUAAUACUUCAUGGAAAACCAUUUAUCAAAUGUGUCACCAACAAAUUGAAUAUGGAAUUGUUAGCAGAGAUCCAUAUUGCCUACCGGCGAUCUGAUCUCAUGAGGUUACCACACAGUGAUAGUAAGUCCAGAAAUCAUAACUGCAGCAGUGAUAUUGCUUAUCUCAGGGUCUAAUGGUCAUCUUUGUUUAGGUUGAGAUGUUAUGGUUUUCUAAGUCCAUGUCUUUAGUUUUCUUUAUGUGAGACUCUUGUAAUUAACUAUGGGAGUCAGGAAUUUUAAUGAUGAUUAAUUAUUAUUGUUAUUUGUAUGUUAAA